CCAACUCUCCACUCCCCGAGGGUGCGAAUUCAGAAUGCCAUUAUCCAGUCUUUCAAUCUCUUCCGGCGUUUCAAUCCCACUCUCUAUGCUCUCAAAUUCACGAGGCCAUAGUUGCAGAAACUUUCAGCUCCAAAAAGAUUCAAUUCCUAUUCACAGAAAUCAAAGAAUCGCUUCAGGAAAUCGAGGGUUUGUGAUUAGUUGCUCUGCUGGUGCUGGGGACAAGGCUGCUUCUGUUGGCUUUGAUGUUCCCUUCCCUAAUGACUACUCUGAACUGCUUAAACAAGUUAAAGAUGCUACUGAGUUGGCUAUGAAGGACGACAGGCAGCUGAUGGAAAUUGAAUUUCCGACUGCUGGGUUGGAAUCUGUUCCAGGUGAUGGUGAAGGUGGGAUAGAAAUGACUGGGAGUAUGACUCUAAUCCGUGAAUUUUGUGACCUCUUCAUCAUUCCUGAGAAGGCCACACGAACCAGAAUAUUUUUUCCGGAGGCUAAUGAAGUGACAUUUGCAAGACAAUCAGCUUUUGAAGGAGCUUCGUUCAAGUUGGAUUAUCUGACAAAACCGUCACUAUUUGAGGAUUUUGGUUUCACAACAAAAGUUAAGAUGACUGACCGUGUAAAGCCACAAGAUGAACUGUUUUUGGUUGCCUAUCCAUAUUUUAACGUUAAUGAAAUGCUUGUGGUUGAAGAGCUUUACAAAGAAGCUGUUGUGAACACUUCCCGGAAACUGAUUGUGUUCAAUGGAGAGCUGGAUCGAAUAAGAUCUGGAUAUUAUCCCAAAUUCUUCUACCCAAAGCUGGCCGCGCUUUCCACUACUCUGCUGCCUCAAAUGGAGACCGUAUAUUACAUUCACAACUUUAAAGGACGAAAUGGAGGUGUCCUGUUCAGGUGCUAUCCUGGUCCAUGGAAAGUUCUGAGGAAAACGAGGAAUUCCUACGUCUGUUUGCAUCAGCAAGAAUCAAUGCCUUCCCUCAAGGAGGUUGCGCUGGACAUCCUUCCAUCGACUUGAUUUCAAGAACCCGAGCUAUUCUCUUUUUUCUCCUGCUGCUUUCCUCAGAAGAUUGAUAGAAGGGGACAAAAGAAGUCCAUGAGUUCAAAUUAGCUAGAUCGACCCAACAGUUUAAGACAGUUGAUAAGUGUAUGCUAAUACAACUGCAAGGUUGAAUGGUCGACUCUUAUAUGGGUUUGCCAUGUUAAAAAACUCUGGGCCAGGCCUUCACCGAGUAAGAGUCAAACUUUGGGUCAUGGCCUCGGUAGAAGCCAAAUCCAGAUUAGUCUCGGUGAGGGUACUAG